AUGACCCUCUUCCACGACCUCUCCACCCGCCUCUCUACUCGCCUCUCCGCCCUCUUCGACCAAAACAAAGCCGUCCUACAACUAAUCCACAGGCUCUCGAAACUCAACUUCGGCACCACCAGCGACGACAACGGCGUCCGCCUAGAGCUCACAGCCGAGAUCUCAGAAACCCUAAAGCAGCUCGAGCUCGAGCUCGACUCCGUCCAUGUCGCCGUCGACGAGCUGAGCAUAAACAAUAGACAUAGCGGUCGCGAUUCGCGCCAACUAAGCCGCGACUCCGAGAAAGAGCGGGAGAAGACGCGGAUAGCAGUGCAGGUCGCGAAGCUCACAGAAGACUUGCGGGGGCACGUUUCCUCGCCGCCGUACUCUAGCGGAACCGCCGUGCUAAUGCGCCCCAGUACUCGCACGCAAUUCGACAACGCCCAGCGCAUCGCGAAGCGCAACGCCGAAGCCGCGAAGCGGAAGGAGCGCGAGCUGCUCUUCGCCGGCGCCCGCAGCGGGGCCAGCACGCCGACGUCGCUGUCAUCGAGAAGGAGGGGCAAGGAUAUUUCGGCGGACGAGGUGCUCGUGAACGCGUCGAGCGACGUGACCAGUGCGUUGCGGCGGACGCACCAGUUGAUGCAGUCGGAGCUGUCGCGGUCGAGAUUCGCGCAGGAGACACUCGAGCAGAGCACGGCGGCUUUGGCGGAUUUGGGCGACCACUACACCUCCCUCGACGACUUGCUCUCCUCCUCCCGCAGCCUUCUCACCAACCUCGUCAAGUCUCAGAAGUCGGAUACGUGGUAUCUCGAAACUGCGUUCUAUAUCCUCGUCACUACUAUUAUCUGGCUGGUGUUUCGACGGUUCCUUUACGGUCCGCUUUGGUGGUUCCUCUACCUCCCUCUUAAGUACACCUACAAAUUAGUUCUCGCUUUGCUUUCCGUUGCUGGCGUGACCGGCGGCACGGCUUCUACAACUUCCGUAGCGAUCUCAGCGUCGCAGAGCGCGAGCCUGAUCGUGAAACCAAGCGCAACAGGGAGACCACCGGCGAGGAUGCCAGGACAGCAGCCGUAUAUGCGCGCUGGGGGCGGUGGGCAGGGCGCGAAGAGUGAUCCGAGUGAUGAGGGGAGUAUGUCGCGGCAGGUUGGGCAAAUGGCGGAAUCUGCGCAGCAGCAAGAGGGACAGCAGGAGCAGCAACAGGGAGAAAAGGCAAAGGACGUACCGAGGAGAGGGGACGGUCAGCCGCUGGUGGAGUCGGAUAAGCCGCGGAAUCCGAAGAAGAGGAUGUGGGACGAGGAUGUGGAGAAUGCGAAGAGGGAGGCGGAGGCGAGGGAGAAGGAUGAGCUGUGA